CGCGCUCAUCUCGCAGCCAGCCUCCCCGAGUACACGAUCCCCGCUGCAUUCAUCCGCUUGGACACUCUGCCGAUCACCAACAACGGUAAGGUCGACCACCGAGCGCUCCCAGUGCCAGACAGUGAAGCCUUCGUCAGUCGCGACUACGAGACUCCGCAAGGCGAGAUCGAGACUGCACUGGCAGCCAUCUGGGCCGAGCUCCUCAAGAUCGAUCGAGUUGGACGCCACGACAACUUCUUCCUGCUCGGAGGGCAUUCACUACUUGCUGUUCGACUGGUCAAUUAUAUCCGAUAUAGUUUGGAUCAUGAUCUGAAGCUUCAUACACUGUAUGAAGCGCCCACUAUCUCAGAAUUGACACGAAUGAUACUCGAGAAGGACAAACAGGGAGAUGACGAUUACGGUAUUUUGCUGCCUCUCAAGCUAAAGGGCAGUCGCCCUCCGCUGUUCUGUGUCCAUGCUGUCUUCGGGCUUAGCUUAAGCUUUAUUGGUCUAUCCAAGCAUUUGGACCCUGAUCAGCCUAUUUAUGGACUGCAGGCACGCGGUCUCGAUGGUCAUGAGCAACUGCCGGAAACGAUUGAGGACAUGGCUCAGGAUUACGUUGACCAAAUCCGCCGUGUCCAGCCUCAUGGACCAUAUCAUUUACUAGGUUGGUCGUUUGGCGGUAGUGUCGCUCAUAGCAUGGCGACGCAACUUGAGAGACAAGGCGAAGAGGUCGCGUUACUUGCUUUAAUGGAUUCCACAGUUGACUACUCCAUGCUUCCAGACCAAAUCGAUCCUACUCAGGAUGAAGCCCUGCUCGAGCAUCUCGCUCGAUCUGGCGACAAAGAUACAGCAGAGGAAGGCAGGGCGUUAUGGGAAAGGGCGCGAUCAGUGAUCAGGAAUAAUUACCGACUCGCAAAAAAGUUCUCGCCGGAUAUCUACAGCGGCGACUUAUUGUAUUUUAGCGCAGCAGCCCGGUCAGAUCCGUUUACGAUAAGAGCAGACCCGGAAGGAUGGAGGUCCUUUGCGCUUGGCAACCUCAUGAUCCACGAGGUCGAGUGUACGCACUUGGAGAUGGAUAUGCCCGAACCAAUGGCUAUGAUCGGAUGCGUGCUGGCAUCGAGUCUUGAGGAGUUGCGACAUUAAACUGAUCUUGACAUAUUUUUUCAUUUAAAUAGCUGCUAAUUUUCACAAUAAAAACUCUGCAA